GGACUCGUUUCUGCUGUGUAAAUGUAGGUAAAGAACUGUAGUAUUAUCUUGUCAGAAGCCAAGAACGAUGUGGGAGGACGGGCUGCCCACGACAACCUCGAAAACACAAAAUGCGCUUGAGAAAAAGCUGCUGCCCUUUUACCAGGACCUAGAAGGAAUCCAGGACGCUGAGGAGAUACAUGACUUUUUGGUUCUGCAUCGCGAAAACCACGUCGCUUACCUGCACAGCGGGCUUGGCCAGCUGAGCUCUGGCUUUGCGGUGCUGGAUGCGAGCCGGACAUGGAUUGUAUACUGGCUGGUCCAUUCGCUGGCACUGCUGGGGGCCCCGCUUCCGAAAGAUGUGACGGCGGACGAUAUUGUCGCCUUCCUACAAAGCUGCCAGCAUCCGGCGGGAGGUUAUGGUGGCGGGCCGAUGCAGCUGGCGCAUCUGGCGCCCACCUACGCAGCUGUCGCGGCCGCGGUGACUGUAGGCGGGAAGGCGCUGGGGUCCAUAGACCGCGCGGCCGUGCGCAGCUUCCUGCUGCGGAUGUGCAUCCCUCCAGAGCAGGGAGGCGGCUUUAGCGUGCACGAGGGCGGCGAGGGCGACCUGCGCGCCUGCUACACGGCAAUGGCGGUGGCGCACAUGCUGGGGCUGGACGCGGACAAGCAACAGCUGGCGGCGCGCAGCGGGCUGGCGGGGUACGUCCGCGCGUGCCAGACCUACGAGGGUGGGCUGGGCGGUGAGCCGGGCAACGAGGCGCACGGCGGCUACACCUUUUGCGGCGUGGCGGCGUUGGUGCUGGCGGGCGGGCCGGGGCUGCUGGCGGCGACGCUGGACGUGCCGCGCCUGCUACACUGGCUGGUGCACCGCCAGGGCUCCAUGGAGGGUGGCUUCAAUGGCCGCACCAACAAGCUGGUCGACGGCUGCUACAGCUUCUGGCAGGGCGGCGUGUUCCCACUGCUGGCUAUGCUUUCGCCAUCAGCGCUGCGCCCGCCGCCGGUGCCGCAGGACUCCGCAGGUUGGCCGGAGGUGCAGGUGCUGCCGGCGCCAAUGAUGGGUGCGUCGCCGCCCUUUGAGCUGGCCGAGGAGGAGAUGCACGGGCGCAUGCACGCCUACGAAACCCUGCGUGCGCGGGCGCUGGAGGCGAGCGACGUGGCGGACGGCGCGCUCAAGGGUGCGGCAGCGCGGCACAGCGCGGACAAGGCGCGGGCGGCGCGGGAGCUGCUGGACCAGGCAGCCAAGGCGCACGAGGCGGGCGAGGCUGCCACCACCCAGAUGGCGUGCAUCAACGUGUCCGCCUUCAACAUCUUCCCGCCGCCCGACCCAGAGAUGCUCACCGCGCAGGAGCAGCAGUACGCCGCUCACGUUGCCUACGCGGCCGCAGUGGCGGCAGGCGCGCCGCCACAACUGCCCGAGGGCACGGCGCCGCCGCCACCCGCGCCGCCGCCGCCGCUGUGCAACUACGAAGCGCUGCAGCUAUGGAUCCUCAAGUGCUGCCAGGCCACCAAGGGCGGCCUGCGCGACAAGCCCGGCAAGCCCGUGGACUUCUAUCACACCUGCUACUGCCUCAGCGGCCUGGCGGCGGCGCAGCACGCGCCCGGCGCCGCCGUGCUGGGACCGCGCGAGGCCAACCUGCUGGCGCGCGCCGACCCUGCUGUCAACGUGGUGGAUGACAAGCUGACGGCGGCGCGGGCACACUACGCGGCACGGCCGCUGCCGCCGCUGGAGGCGGCCGGCGCGGGUGCGGGAGGGGCGGCUGGGGGCGCAGGCGGCCCGGAGCCGAUGACCUGAGGCGGCUGGUAGCUAGGUGUGGGGGAGCAGGCAUGUGGAGGAGUAGGGGUGUGGAGGAGCAGGGAAUGGAUGCGAUGGGGCAGAGUGGUAAGGGGGCUGGUUGGCGUAGUCCCGUAGUGUGCAGCAGGGCAUUCCCUGACCCCAACAAGCAAUUUCCGGCGCUAGAACAUAUGAGCGCGGCUGGUAUAACGCCCGAGUUACUGUACCGAGGCAUCGCUGACUUGCUGGCAGGCUGGUGGUUCGCUGACGAGCGUUCCUCACGCUCCGGGCGCCCGGCCAGGCGAUAGCAGCAGACACGCACACAACGCAAACACCACACUCGCGAAGCAGAGCAGCAUCGCACCUGCAGGCAGGCGACCAGCAGGGAAUGGAGCGUAACAAGUUGCAGGCCGUGUGGGAGUGUGGCCUCGCGUCGGGCGUUGAGAGCAUGUGGAGGAAUCAGGUUUGGCGUGGAGCGUGCUGUUGCCGCGGAGCAAGGCUGCUCCUGCGUGUGCGGUUAUGCUUUUGCAUGCGUUGCGUCCACGGUGCGGCCAGGAUACAUAUAAAGCAGGCAGGCAUGUGGAUUGUUGCGGAAUAAAGCGGAGUCACAGCUUGCAGUGCCCGAGUGUAAGGCAUCAAGGCAGGGUCCAUGCACGCGGCAAGCGGGACGCCAGCAAUUGCCAAGACACACUGGCCGACGAUCGUUUGAUUACACCACCUGAGACGUUUCCAUCUGAUUCCUUGCAACCCGGGCUGCAUAUGUCCAAAUACAAGCACUGGAUGGGGCUUAGUUUUGAGCGAGCGGCGCCACCCGUGCACCCACCCCACGCUCACUGUUUUACCCCUUUUGAAGCACACAGAUGCCUUAUGAGGUUUCGGCUUUGCUGUUGGCCGAUUGCAACUAAUAGAGACCACCAUUUGCCUAGAAAUGCCAGGCUUUGCCCCCUCUGCAACAAAGGAGUAGAGGAUGAACGGCAUGUUUUACUUGAGUGUGAAGCGUACACGUGUGUCAGAUCAACGUACGGUAUCAGUUCUGAUUCAAUGAAGCAGGUUAUGCAAGGUGCUGACCAGGUUAAGUUGGCUUGCUGCGUACGUGAUAUUUGGUCUAAGCGCUGUCUUUUGAUAAGGCAGAACCACGACGGUGCACACGGUGUGCAAGACGCAACUAACAAUCCAGUUCCAGGAGGCGAGGGGCCCUUGCGGCUCGGUCAGACUCGCUGCAGGUAUAAGGAAUGCACACUUGUAACACACACACACA